AUGGCGUCCAAGAAUGCGUCUAAGUUUUCAGCUACAGCAAGAAAUAUUAAAAAAUCUACUGUUUUGAAAUGGAAAGUUGGGAAUUGGCUGGAAAUUGUAGACUCUAAUAGGCACAAAGGUGAAGUUUGGGUAACUUCUGUGCGAUGCAAACUGUGUGCAAAAUAUGAAAAGAAGCUAACAAACACGCGAAAUUUUAACUUUUCAUGGUGUCGUGGUACAACAAAUGUGAAGCUAGAUGCUGUGAAAACCCACAUGAAUGGGGAACCACACAAGCUUGCAUUGAAGUUGGAGGAUGAAGAGAUGUUUAAGGCAAAGCCAGGCCCACUACCUGCAUAUGCUGCGACACCACUGGGAAAGGCAUUUUUUAAGCUAAACGAGAAUGAGAAAGUAAGAGUCAAGAAAUUGAUUGAAAUAGCAUAUGUUGUUGCCAAAGAAGAGAUGCCAUUCACCAAAUUUGUUGCCAUUGCUAAGCUAGAGAAACGGCAUGGGGUUGAAUUGGGCCAAACAUACCUAAACGAUCAUGCAUGUGCAGAUUUUGUUGACACUAUAGCUGAAAUAUAUGAAGAGGAAUUAAACCAGGUUCGUGUGCUUUUGAUGUUUUGACAUUUAGAUUUAAUGGUUGUAAUUAAGUGAUAUUCCAGUCUCCAGAUCGGGUUAUUGUAUUUGCACCCCCCUGGUCCUUGUGGACUCCAAUUGGGAUAUGGUGAUUCUCUACUUUGAAAGUUUUAAGUCUAAAUAUUUUUAGUUGUACUGUUAUCUGUAUUUUUAGAUGUUGAAAAGAGUACAUUACUACUCAAUCCUUGUUGAUGGCAGCACAGAUGCUAGAAGCAAAGAAAAAGAGGUCAUCUACAUCCUCUAUGUGGAUCCUGACACUGGAAGGCAGAGGCUCCGUUUUUUCUCUCUUCAAAAGGUGGAACAUGCAACUGCCACAGAUGUACUAGCAUUGAUUAAAAAAGCCUUUGAACAACAUGGAGUAGAUUCACUUAAGGAACACACUGUGGGUUUUGGUGCUGAUGGUGCAGCUGUCAAUCUUGGAGUGAGAGGAGGUGUUUCUGUACUCAUGAAGGAUGAUGAAGGAAUUGAUUGGCUAGUCACAGUACAUUGUGCUAGCCAUCGGCUUGAACUGAGCAUAGCAGUUGCUUUGAAAUCAACAGUGUUCUCAGAUAUCAAUGAAAUGCGGCAAGUGGAACUCGUUGGCUAG